GGUGCGCUAGAAACACACAGCAGUAAACAGUUUGAGGAGCCGGAAUCAGUGGAGAGAAGCACUCUGUGGCUAUACACUCGUGUGGACCUUUCUAUUCAGUGGAUUACAAUCCAGCGGCACAUUGCAGACUCCACGUUCCCCUGCCUGAGGAUUGCAAACCAGCUUUGCCAUGACGACCUCCAGUGAGCUCAGUCGGAUCCUGAACAACGUGAAUGGAACGGUGUACCCCGCUGAGCCAUCUCCCCUGUCACCCAUGCUGCACACUGUGACCUUCCCCACUCCUGUCAUCAACAAGAUGCCCCAGUUCACUGACUUGUCAUUUGCCAACACACUGGGUCCAUGGCAGCAUGUGAACCCUCUGUACUGGACUAAGAGGAACGUCCUGGACUGGAUCGAGUACCACGUGGAUGAGAGCAAGUACGAUGCCAGCGAGCUCAACAUGGAGUACUGCUUUCUGGACGGGGCCACUCUGUGCCAGCUGUCCCACGAGACCUUCCUCUCCAUGUACGGUGCACUGGGCGAGAGACUAUACCAGAGCCUGGAGAGACACAAGCACAAGCAUGACAUGCCCUGUGACCUGUUAGAUCCUUUCAAUGAAACCUGCACCCUUCUGAAUGACUUCCUGGGCAACCUACCUCAGUACCCGACGUUCCUGGAUGACGAUGGCAUUGGACUUCUGGACACUGUGGUUGUGAGCGAUGCAGAUAUCAAGAAAGAGAAGGAUUCCUACAACUACUGUUGGCACAUGACUCCACUGAGCGAUGGUUAUGAGUCUGGCUCUUCACUCUCUGACAGCCACAACAGCUCCACCAUGGGGAGCUUCAUGAACCCCAGCUCUCCAGAGUCCACUGGAAGUGAAUCAGAUCCAGAGUACAUGGAAAAUAAAUUCUCCAUCAAGAAGAGCUUUGUGAAACAGGAGGGCGGAGAGCAGAAGAAGAGAGGAAGAGGGAGACCCCCAAAGAUCAACAGAGGCAGUGACCACUACAUCGAGACCAAGAAGAGCAAACAUGCUCCGCGAGGCACACACCUGUGGGAGUUCAUCCGUGAAAUCUUGAUCCACCCAGAGAAGAACCAGGGCCUGAUGAAGUGGGAGGACCGGCGCGAGGGUGUCUUUAAGUUCCUCAAGUCUGAGGCUGUGGCCCAGCUGUGGGGCCAGAAGAAGAAGAACAGCAGCAUGACUUACGAGAAGCUCAGCCGCGCCAUGAGGUACUACUACAAGAGAGAAAUACUGGAGCGCGUGGAUGGGCGUCGCCUCGUCUACAAGUUUGGGAAGAAUGCCAGCGGCUGGAAGCUGGAGGACCUUGGCCUGGGAAUGUGAAGUGUCCAACGGUGGGGUAGAGGGGGGACUGUUGUGUGUGGGGGGGUUCAGGUAGCAGGGGGGGUGACACUUUUGGGAAAAGAGGUGUCUUCUGACAUCCUCUCUGCAAAGGGACAAAAGACUGAAACUCCCCAAGAAGAGUCCACCCAACACCAUCUCCUCCCCCCUCUAGGGUACAAAAGACACAAAAUUCUCACAUGCAAGAAUGUGGGAAGUGGUGUUGCAGAAAAUGUAAGCCAAAGUUUUUCGGCUCCAGUAGGUUAUAUGAACCAAUAAUGAUGCUGUAUGAGUGUGUGUGUGUGUGUGUGUGUGUGUGUGUGUGUGUGUGUGUGUGUGUGUGUGUGUGUGUGAGUAUGUGUGUGUUUGUGUGAAUGAAUAAUGUACAUACACUGUCUUCCCAUGUUCAUGUUCCCUAAGGUGGAUGGAAGCAUGGGUUGUUGUCUGAUUAUUGGUCAGGCAUUGCUAUUGACACCUCUCAGGCCUUGCAUAUCCAAGUGCUCCUUUCGACUCUCUUCAACUCUUUGGUUAAUCUGAGGGUCUGAACAUCCCUCAGUCAGUCAUCUCUAAAACCUUACUGCUGACAGGAGAAGCACUUUGACUUCAGUCUCCUAGAGGGGACUUGUUUUGAUCCUGUAAAUCCUAGGUUGAAGUCCUAUUUAAAGCACUACCUGUUUAUGUUCAUUUUCUUGGAAUUUGUGGUGAUGGUUUUUGAAGAGAAAGUCUACGAGUAAUGGCGUGAGACAACUUUGUCUGAGAAACAUCACGACAAAUAGCAGAGAUGAAAGUACUGAGACCAGAGAGAAAGAGAAAUAAAGAAGACAUAAAACACUCAGGGCGAGUUUUAUGGAGGAGGACUGUGAAUAGUCAUAUGAUGUAUGACAUCUCUGUGUAAUAACAUAUAUUUAAAUAUAUGCAUUUGUAAACACACUUCUACGAAUCAAAAGCAAAUCAAACCCUGGCUAUAGACGAUUACUGCUUUUUCAGAUGGCGUGUUAUAUAUGAAAAUCAUUCAAUAGAUUGUUGUGUAUGAGAGUUAAAUCUCAAAUGGUUAACAUUUACAGUUACUGUACGAUGUACUUACAUUUAUGUAUGGCAUAUUGUUUAUUUUUUUGUAUAUGUCUUUGUUAAAUAAAGUUAAUGAAAACAA